UUUUUGUUUGACAUUUCUUGAAAAACGUUUUGUGCGGAUUUUAUAAAUUAAAUAUAUAAACAUUGCGGCUGUUAAUUCCAUAAUGUAAAAUGGACGAAUUGCAAAAGCUGGAGUACCUGUCCCUGGUGUCAAAAAUCUGCACCGAGCUUGACAAUCACUUGGGCAUUAACGACAAGGAUUUAGCUGAAUUUAUCAUCGACUUGGAGCACAAAAAUCGCAGCUAUGAUGCGUUUCGCAAAGCCCUACUAGAAAAUGGUGCCGAGUUUCCCGAUUCUCUGGUGCAAAACUUGCAACGCAUCAUCAAUUUAAUGCGGCCCAGUAGACCUGAAUGCGAUGCAAAAAUGACGGCUGGCGAGGAUAGCAAAGAAGACAAAAAAUCGCAGCUCAAGAAAAUGUUUCCCGGCUUAGCUCUCCCCAAUGACAAAUUCAGCAGCGAAAUGGACAAGGACGAACAGAGUGAAGAGAAAGAAUCAAAGCAGAAGUUAAAAAUAAAUAAGAACGAUAUGAGCGACGUUGAUGCCGCCAUGCUGGAGCUAGAGGCUCUGGAACCUGGCGAGAGAAAAGACCAGGAGUCAGUAAAAGAGAACAGUAGUAGCUCACGGGACCGCCACAAACGCAAAGAACGCAGUCGAAGCCGCGAAAAAGACCGUGAUAGGGAUAGACAUCGAGAAAGAGAACGAGACAGGGAUAGGAAGAGGGAGAGUGAUCGGCAUAGAGAACGGGAUAAGGAUAAUCAGAGAGAAAGAGAGCGAGAUAGGGAUAGAGAACGGGAUAAGGAACAUCGACGCCGGCGCAGCAGAUCUCGAGAGGAACGUGAUCGUGAUCGCGAUCGUGACCGUGAUCGUGACCAUGACCGUGACCAUCGGAAACGCCGUUCUAGCUCACGAGAGCGGCAAGACAGACACGAGCAACGUAGACGACGCUCCCGCUCCCGAUCUCAUGAGCGCAGCAGCCGCCAUCAGCAGCAGGAGAAAAUGCCACCGCCAGCUGCUGGGAUGAGCGAUGAUCCAGAGGUGGGAAAGAUUUACUCCGGCAAGGUGGCGAACAUAGUCCCAUUUGGUUGCUUUGUGCAGCUAUUUGGUGUGCGCAAGCGUUGGGAGGGUCUGGUACAUAUCUCGCAGCUACGCGCCGAGGGACGUGUCACCGAUGUCACCGAGGUGGUGGCUCGCAAUCAGACAGUGAAAGUGAAGGUCAUGUCGCUAGCCGGUCAAAAGGUAUCACUGUCAAUGAAGGAGGUGGAUCAAGAAACUGGCCGAGAUCUCAAUCCACUGUCACAUGCACCCGAGGAGGAUGAAUUGGCAUUACGGGAUCGAAAUCCUGAUGGACCCUACAACAGCACCUCCUCCAUGCUCAAUCUGCAGGGUAACAACAUUGAUGGUGAUGAGCACGAGUCACGCAAGCGAGUGACGCGCAUCUCCAGUCCAGAGCGAUGGGAGAUUAAGCAAAUGAUCAGCUCGGGUGUGCUGGACCGUAGUGAAAUGCCCGAUUUCGACGAGGAGACAGGCUUAUUGCCCAAAGACGAGGACGACGAGGCGGACAUUGAAAUAGAAAUUGUAGAAGAGGAGCCACCCUUCCUCUCCGGGCAUGGACGAGCAUUGCAUGAUUUGUCUCCCGUGCGGAUAGUUAAAAAUCCAGACGGCUCGCUUGCCCAAGCAGCGAUGAUGCAGUCCGCCUUGUCCAAGGAGCGGCGUGAGCAGAAAAUGUUGCAGCGAGAGCAGGAGAUGGAAGCAGUGCCCAGUAAUCUCAACAAAAACUGGAUCGAUCCGCUGCCCGAGGAUGAUUCUUCACGCCACCUGGCGGCCAAUAUGCGCGGCAUGGGCGCCGCUCCACAAGAGGUACCCGAGUGGAAGAAACACGUCAUUGGUGGCAAGAAAUCCUCCUUUGGCAAGAAGACCGAUCUAACUCUCGUCGAGCAACGCCAAUCUCUUCCCAUUUACAAGCUCCGUGACGAUCUCAUCAAGGCCGUCACGGAUAACCAGAUUCUCAUUGUAAUUGGCGAGACAGGAUCCGGCAAGACCACACAGAUCACACAGUAUCUAGGUGAGUGUGGAUUCACGGCCAGGGGCAAGAUUGGAUGCACCCAGCCACGCCGUGUGGCUGCCAUGUCUGUGGCUAAGCGAGUGGCCGAGGAGUUUGGCUGUCGCCUGGGCCAGGAGGUGGGCUACACAAUACGUUUUGAAGACUGUACCAGCCCGGAGACAGUAAUCAAGUACAUGACGGACGGCAUGUUGUUGCGUGAGUGCCUCAUGGAGGCGGAACUUAAGUCGUAUUCUGUCAUCAUGUUGGAUGAGGCUCACGAGCGUACGAUCCACACGGAUGUGCUUUUUGGACUGCUGAAAACCGCCGUCCAAAAGCGUCCUGAAUUGAAGCUGAUUGUCACCUCGGCCACUUUAGAUGCGGUCAAGUUUUCGCAGUAUUUCUUUGAAGCCCCUAUUUUUACGAUACCCGGACGCACGUUUCCCGUGGAGGUGUUGUAUACCAAGGAGCCAGAGACGGACUAUUUGGACGCUUCGCUCAUAACUGUGAUGCAAAUCCAUUUGCGUGAACCCCCUGGCGACAUACUGCUCUUUCUAACAGGUCAGGAGGAGAUUGACACCGCCUGUGAGAUACUCUACGAGCGCAUGAAAAGCUUGGGUCCAGAUGUGCCCGAGCUAAUCAUAUUGCCUGUGUAUUCGGCUCUUCCCUCCGAGAUGCAGACCCGAAUCUUUGAUCCAGCGCCGGCAGGCAGUCGCAAAGUGGUGAUUGCCACAAAUAUAGCUGAAACAUCGCUCACUAUCGAUGGCAUCUUCUAUGUGGUCGAUCCCGGCUUUGUAAAGCAGAAGGUUUACAAUUCCAAGACGGGCAUGGAUUCCCUAGUGGUCACGCCCAUCUCCCAGGCAGCUGCCAAACAGCGUGCCGGUCGUGCGGGCCGUACGGGACCGGGGAAAUGCUAUCGCCUCUAUACGGAGCGCGCCUAUCGGGAUGAGAUGCUGCCAACGCCAGUGCCGGAGAUCCAGCGUACGAAUCUUGCAACCACAGUGUUGCAGCUGAAAACAAUGGGCAUCAAUGACUUGCUGCAUUUUGAUUUUAUGGAUGCCCCUCCCGUGGAGUCAUUGGUCAUGGCAUUGGAACAGCUGCAUUCGCUCUCUGCACUCGAUGAUGAGGGCCUAUUGACACGCCUUGGUCGUCGCAUGGCCGAGUUUCCUCUCGAGCCAAAUCUAUCGAAAAUGCUGAUUAUGUCUGUCGCACUGCAGUGCUCGGAUGAGAUCCUAACCAUUGUCUCUAUGCUCAGCGUACAGAACGUGUUCUACAGACCCAAGGAUAAACAAGCGUUGGCCGAUCAAAAGAAGGCCAAGUUUAACCAAGCAGAGGGUGAUCAUCUAACUCUGUUGGCUGUCUAUAACAGCUGGAAGAACAACAAGUUCUCCAAUGCCUGGUGUUAUGAGAAUUUUGUGCAAAUCCGUACACUGAAACGUUCCCAGGAUGUGAGGAAGCAAUUGCUCGGCAUCAUGGAUCGCCAUAAACUGGAUGUUGUUUCAGCGGGUAAAAAUUCGGUGCGCAUACAGAAGGCCAUAUGUUCCGGCUUCUUUCGUAAUGCGGCCAAAAAAGAUCCACAAGAAGGGUAUCGGACCCUGGUCGAUUCACAAGUGGUUUACAUACAUCCUUCAAGCGCGCUAUUCAAUCGGCAACCCGAAUGGGUUAUCUACCAUGAGCUGGUGCAAACGACAAAAGAGUAUAUGCGUGAGGUAACAACCAUUGAUCCCAAAUGGUUGGUGGAGUUUGCCCCAUCCUUUUUCCGCUUCUCUGAUCCUACCAAGCUCAGCAAAUUCAAGAAGAACCAACGAUUGGAGCCGCUGUACAACAAGUACGAGGAGCCAAACGCGUGGCGUAUAUCACGCGUGCGUCGCCGCCGUAAUUAAUCAGUUAGAUUUGUGCAUCCAGUUUCUUUUUGUAUUCAAUAAAAACUAAGUAACAAUAAAAA